UCUUUUUAUGCAGUGCGCCAUUAUUAUUUUCCACCGCUCAAAAAGGCGACGCUUGCGUUAAAUCCGCCAACCUUUCACUACUCGUCUUUAUCUAUGCUGGCGUCUCGUUGUCAACGCUACUAGUUUGCCUUUUUCAUCUGAAGCUGCCGCCAUGAAAGCCAAGGGAGAGCUGAAAGAGUACGAAGUCAUUGGGCGCAAGCUGCCCACUGAAAAGGAGCCGACUACUCCUUUAUAUAAAAUGCGAAUUUUCGCUCCGGAUCCAAUCGUGGCCAAGUCCAGAUUUUGGUACUUUUUGAGGCAGUUGAAGAAGUUCAAGAAGUCCACCGGUGAAAUUGUCUCGCUGAAACCCAUUCCCGAAAGGACACCGACGAAGAUAAAGAAUUUCGGUAUUUGGCUCAGGUACGACUCCCGAUCUGGCACCCAUAAUAUGUACAGAGAGUACAGGGAUCUUAGUGUUUCUGGGGCUGUCACACAGUGCUACCGGGAUAUGGGGGCUCGUCAUCGUGCCCGGGCUCAUGCCAUUCAGAUCAUCAAAGUGGAGCAAGUCAAGGCUGGCGAUACGAGACGGCCCCAAGUGAAGCAGUUCCACGACUCGAGGAUUCGCUUCCCAUUGCCGAAACGCAUCCAGCACAAGUCGAUGAACUUGAUUUCCAAACGUAAACCCCGUACAUAUUUCCUGUAAUAUGGAUAAAGUUUUGACAAAUAGAAUUCAAUGACUUUAAAUUGUUUUUGUCAAAAUACUAUUUAAAGCCAUUAAAAUUGA